AACUAUUAUCAGCGUUUAUGUUUAUUGCACUUGUGCUCUCUUACAUUUUGGGACAAAAGGUAGUUAAAAAUUAACAAAGGCAAAGGUCAAAGGCAAAGGAAUGCAAGGGAAAUUAUAUGAAAAGAAAAUCUCUUAAUACACAGACAAAUACUCUUCAUCAUGAAGCUAUUAUCAGUGCUUGGGCUUAAUUUAUGCUUAUCCCUUAUUUUGGCACAAAAGCAACAGACAUUCCUGAUUGAAGAAUGUUUAAAGCACAGCUAUACUCAGAAUUCCUGUGAGAAGGUUUUUUGCCUGCCAUGGCAGAGGUGUGUGGGUGGUUCCUGUAUGUGUAAGAUACCCUACCAGUGCCCAAGAAAUGGCACCUCAGUUUGUUCCACUGACAAGAAGACUUUCCAAAAUUACUGCCAACUAAAGAGCUUAGAAUGCCAAAGGAACAGGGGAAAAUUUAUGAAUAGAGGAAACUGCAACCCUCAAGACAGUUUCCAUUUAUCGUUGGCCUCUGGGAAUACAUCAUCCGAAGGAAUUGUUGAAGCUGAAAUUAAUCAUGGGCAGAAGAUCUUUUAUUGUGGACGUGGAUGGGGCAUGAAAGAAGCAAACGUGGCCUGCAGAAAUCUUGGUUUUCCAGAAGGGGCUGAUUCCACAGAGCUGGUGGAACCAGAUGGUGUUUCACGGACGCUGGAAUGCCUGUCAGCGAAUUGCAGGGGGACAGAGACCAGCCUGGCUGAAUGUGCUGUAAUUCGACUGGUCCCAAGGAAUGAGAAGCUGGCUAAGGUGGUGUGCCACGAACACCACAGAGUGUGCUCCCCUGGAGAAUUCUUUUGUGUCAAUGGAAAAUGUAUCCCUUCAGAGAAAACAUGCAAUGGGAUCGAUGACUGUGGAGACUUAAGUGAUGAAGUCUGCUGCAGAGCAUGCAGGGCAGGCAGCUUCCACUGCAAGUCAGAUGUGUGUAUUCCCAAGGAGUACCUCUGUAACAACGAAAUCGAUUGCCUAACAGGAGAAGAUGAAAGUCAGCAAUUGUGUGAUAAAAAAGCAGAGGGAAAUGCAAGAGAAAGAGCACAAGCUUCUGAGUCCAUGGAUGAAGAGAGAAAAAAGAUCAAAAUGUUAUUACCCCAACUACACUGUGGUGUUGCAAAUAGCAGAGUUUCUCGACGGAAGCGAAUUGUAGGUGGAAUUAAUGCACAAAUGGGUGAAUUUCCAUGGCAAGUAGCAAUCAGAGACCAAACAGGAAGAAUCAACUGUGGUGGAGUUUAUAUUGGGGGCUGUUGGGUUUUGACUGCUGCACACUGUAUUAGACAAAGCCAUUUGAAGACAUAUAGAAUAUAUACAGGACUGCUAAGUGCAGUCAUUAUGACUGGUCAAAUCGAUACAUAUCCUAUAGAUAAAAUUAUUAUCCAUGAAAACUAUAAUUCUGAAACAAGUGAAAAUGGCAUUGCUUUGCUGAAGAUGGUAGAAAAGCGCAUACAUUUUGCCUGUUCUUCACCUGGUCUUGUCCCACUGUGCGUCCCCUGGUCAAAAUACAUGUUCAAAGAUGGCCACCGGUGCCAAGUGGCUGGCUGGGGGUUGGAUGAAGGUUCUAGAAGACAAUUCAACCUCAAGUGGGGGUAUGUUUCUUUGAUGGGAAAUUGUUCUGACAUCUACAGAGAACGGUUUUUUGAAGGAAUGGAAUGUGCAGGUACUCAUGAUGGCUCUGUAGAUGCCUGUCAAGGUGACUCAGGGGGACCCUUAAUAUGUUUUGACUCUAGAAACAUUGGAUAUGUUUGGGGCAUUGUAAGCAGAGAACGUUGUGGUAAACGAGGACACCCUAGUAUUUACAUAAAGGUGGCCAAUUAUUUUGACUGGAUUGGCCAUCAUACUGGCUUCUCUGUGAUUUCACGGCAUAAUGUGUGAUUCUUGUGGUUUAAGUACAUGGUUCUUGUUUUUUCUUGUCCUAGCAAAGCAAAAUAAAAGUUGGCUAGAAGAUUGA